UGUUGUGUCUGUUUAAAUGGUUCAAUUCAGUCGUGCGAUAUAAAUAGAACUAUGGGAAAGUGGCAGCUGCUAAUAGAGUGUAGCGUAUUUGCUAAUCAAGUUGAUCGAAUAAGUUCGCAUUCUUCUACGUAAGCACACAUACACACGCGUUAUAUCGGCGUGUAGUGCGCUGACAUUCAAAACGCUUGUAGUAUAUUGCAAGCCGGCAAAUUGACUGCCUCGUCGAAGCGAACAUAACUUGUACAUAUUGAAUUAUCUAAGAGCCAAAUAAAAAAGCAAUCACUGUGCGCUACGGUAUAUUAAUGUGUGAGAUAAUAGCUGCUAGACAAGCUAUAGUCGCCUAAUAAAUCCAUAAAACGAUAAGAUUAAGUGCGCCCACUUGAUGGUUCUAAGAAGCCUCAAUCGAGCAGCUAAAAUUAAAUAAUUUAUUAAAAACAUGCAGCACAUUGCAAAUCCAGACGCAGCCUCAACACAAAACAGCUGACAACCUAGCUCAACAAUAGCGGCAUAUAUUAGGUAAGCUGACUACGUAGCGUUACGUGAAACGGUUACAAUAUGAAAGAAUGGCUCAAGAUCUCAUGUCUACUGUGUGUAUUUGGAUUUAUGCGAGAAAUUCGACCAUCAGAACCGUAUGUAACCGAAUAUUUGCUGGGACCUUGGCGCAACAUAACAGAAGAGCAACUUACUCGCGAUGUUUACCCCGUGGGCACUUACUCGCAUCUGGUGCAAUUGGUUUUUGUAUUUCUCAUUACAGACCUUUUGCGUUACAAGCCAUUGAUCAUUACCAUCGGUGCUGCUGGCGUCAUAAUAUGGAGCAUGCUAAUUUGGACAACUAGUCUGCUGGGCUUGCAGAUCUUAGAGUUCUUCUAUGGUACUUAUAUGGCCGCUGAGGUGGCUUACUACACAUAUAUCUAUGCUAAGGUUGAUAAGAAGUAUUAUCCACGCGUCACAUCGCACACCAGAGCGGCCAUGUUUGCUGGCAAGCUCAUCUCUGGUGUUGUAUCUCAACUUAUGAUCAAUUUGGAGCUAAUGAAUUAUAAGCAGCUUAAUUAUAUUACAUUGUCCACACAAAUUUUGGCAAUGGUAUGGGCCUUUGGACUGCCCAAGGUGGACAAGAGCUUGUACUUUCAUCGAGAAGCAUAUCUUAGAGAUUCCCUGCCCGCUACAACUAAAAUCAAUCAACCUCAACUGGAGCCCGGCAUGAUAGUCGAAGCUGAAGCAAUAAGCCAGCCAGAGAGUACUUUGAAAGAGACUAGCGCUGGUCGGCUGUUGUGGCAGCAUUUUUACAAUGCUUACACCAAUCCACGCGUUGUGCAAUGGAGCUUAUGGUAUGCUAUUGGAUUUGCUGGUUAUCUGCAGGUCAGCUACUACAUGCAAAUUUUAUGGAAGGACAUUGAGCCGAAUCCAGUAAUUGCCUGGAAUGGUGCUGUGGAUGCUGUACUUACGGCCUUAGCGGCAUUAUCUGCGUUAGCUGCAGGCUAUCUACACACAGGUCUUAUGAGGCCACGUUUAAGUUUGCUUGUACUCUCCGUGCUCUCAGCCUUGGAGGGAGGCAGUGUUUUACUUUGCUGCUGGACUAAUAAUAUUUACUAUUCGUAUGUUGGUUUUAUAAUUUUCGGUGCACUUUACGGAUUUACUAUUACUGUGGCCAGCGCUGAGGUUGCACGCAAUUUGCAGGAGGAGAGCUUCGGUUUGGUCUUUGGUAUCAAUACAUUGCUUGCCUUGGUCUUCCAAUCACUGCUCACCAUUAUUGUGGUCACAGAGACGGGCUUCGGACUUGACACAGUGGGUCAAUAUACGGUGUACGCUUUUUAUUUUAUUGCCGUAGCUGUUAUUUAUUUUAUAUCUGUUGUGGUGGAACAUGUCUGGCAGCGUGGCAAGUCCAGUGAAAAUUUGGCCAACAGCAUGGAUGAAACCUGAGUAUGUUGUACUUAAUCAAUCAUAUAAAGAUUGUUUAUACACUUGUAUAUAGAGUUAUAAGGAACUGUUGGAGACUUAAUUGGAUCUUAGUUAAUAAAAAAUGUA